CAAUAGUGCACAGACAUAAUAGGUUGGCUUUUCCUCCCUGGAAGAAGCCCCUUGAACAAAACAAACACAACUCCAAUCAUAUCCUAUCAUUUCUGAGGUAUUUCUAUUAGUUUUUUUUUUUUUUUUUAAAGCACACUUAUUAUACCAGUAAAGGAAAUCCCAACAUUUCUGCAACUUGAACACUCUUUAGUACCCCUGGGUGGCUCUUAAAUAAGCAUUUACUAGACAACUCCAGUAUAUGGUAUACGAAGCACUAAGUCACUGGUGAUACAAAGACAAAAAAUAACUCAAAACUUCAUGGAAUUUAUAGUUUACCCACAGGCUACUGCCACAAGUACACAAAUGGGUAUGCUAUUAAGACAGGGAAUUAUUAGAACAAAGAAAAUUACUAUAAGCUAAGUGAUAGGGAUUAAGAAGAGCACCAGCCCUGAAAUCAGGAGGACCUGAGUUCAAAUGUGAUCUCAGACACUUAACACGUCCUGGCUGUGUGACCCUGGGCAAGUCACUUAACCCCAAUUGCCUAAGCAAAAAACAAACAAAAAAAGAAUUACAAGGGUGCAGGCAGACUCUUCUUAUAUCAGGCCAUCAAAUUAAUUUGGUUCAGCUACCAAAUAAUGGGAUAUAUAAAACGAUACGAGUUAUGGGCUAGUACUCCAAGUUGUUUCAGAAAAUUUUUGUAGGAUUAGACAUUCUCUAAAUCAAGGCGCAAAGUUUUAUUACACUACUAAGAGAGGGCUAAAUUCUAAGAGAAGUUAGCAAGGAAAGCAGUUUUAGCAAUUAACAAGGGAAAGACAAGUUCCCUAAUGGAACUCACAAUUAACUAGGAGGAAGAUGCCUUUAAAGUAGGGCAAUUUGGUGAUUGUGGGGCUAAUUCCAAAAAGAGCUUAGGGUUCUAACAGGUUUUACUUAUUGGAAGGAGGAAAAACAUCAAGAGGCUUGGUCAUUGACAGAUAUGAGCAGAUCUUUUAUAAAGGAAAUACAACCUCAGGGGUUUGAUAUAACUUGGCUUUCUGAUUGGAUAUGGUAAAGGUAGGAUUUCUAGAGACCUCCACCUGGAGUGAAACUGAAAUCAAAAAUAUUUGAACAAAAGGCAUACUUAAAAUGGAGGUAAUCCCAGUUAGACCCAUUCCUGCUUGCCUUAGGAAAUAUCAUAAUCCUAUAAGGGUUUUCUCUGCUAAAGUCUUUCUCAUCACUAUCAAGGAGCUCAUCAGUAGCUAGGAAAAUUUGGAGGAGGAGAGAAUUUUUAGCUGUGUAUUGGUGGGGGUUAGAAUCUGGGAAUUAGAGGUUUCACGGAACAGGUGACAACUGGUCAGAUGAUUGAAAGAAGAGAAAAACUUAUCAUUCUAAGAUGAGGAAGAAGUACAUUCCAGGCUUAGUGGAUAGUUUGUAUAAAGACAAGAGUUGAAACAAGAGUUUGAGUUUGAGGAACAGCAGUAGAAGUUGUUAAGUCUAGAAGGUCAAGUAAAAGAUCUUUGGAUGCAAGGCUAAGAAGAUUACAUUUUGAUCUAUAGGCAAUAAAGACCAAUGACAGUUUUUUUUGUAUGUGACAUGUCAGACAGAUCCAUUAUGAAAUUUAUUUUUGCAAUUAUGUGGAAGAUAAAUCGGGGAGAGAAGAGACUGGAAGAAAAUAGGAAGCUCAAUUUAGAUUAGUGCAUUAGUCCAGCUGAGAGGUGAUGGAGACCUGAAAUUUAGGGUGGAGCAGAGUGAGCAUAGGAGACAGAUGAAAGAUGCUGUGGCUGUAGAGUUUUGGCAACCGAUUACAUUUUGGAGGUGAGGAAAAAGGAAAAGGCCAAGAGAUAGUGAGAUUUGACCUUGGGUGAGUGGAAGUGUGUGUUAAUAUAAUAAAUGCCUUACCCUUAAUAUAAAUACAGAAGUUAGGAGGGAGGCAGUUUGAAAGAAGAUAAAAUGCUAGUAGGACAUCCAGGUCCAACAUGAAUGGCUACAAUUCAUUAGAGACAUUACUGCUGUAUCUGUCAAUUUGAGAGUUAUCUCUAAUAUUUAAAACCAUGAAAGUGGUUGAGAUCAGUAAGUGCUGAAAGAGACUAAAGGUGGUUCAGAAAAGAGCUUUGGUGGGGUGUUUUAAUCUACAUUUAGAAGAUAACAAGAGGAUGGUAAGCCAGGAAGGAAACCAAAAUAAGUCAAAUGGAUUUGAAGAGAACCAUUGGGGAACAGUUUCAAGGAUUAAUCCAUCAAUAAAUGUUUAUUAUGAGCUGGGCACUAACUGAGCGAAAUGUUGGGGAUAUAUAAAGAGACAAAAGACAAUCCCUGCCUUCAAAGAACUUGCAAUCUAAUGGUGAGAGGGGAGAGUGAAGACGCAACUUGCAAACAAAUAUAUACAAAGCAAGCUAUAUACAGGAUAAAUAGGAAACAAUUAAUGGUGGAAAUAUAGAAAUCAAGGAGGAUUGGAGAAAGCUUCCUGUAGAAGAAAGGAUUUAAAUUGGGACUUAAGGUAGUCAAAGAGGUAAGUAGUUGGAACACAGGAAAGAGAGCAUUGGAGCACAACCAGAGAAAAUGGCUGGUGUAAAGAGAUGGAGUAUCUUGUUUGUAGAACAGCCAGUCACUGGAUCAGAGUACUUGCAGGGAGGAAGUGGGUUAAGAAAACAACACAGCAUUAAAGGUAAGUGGGAGCUAAGUAAAUUAUCAAGGACUCUACAAAUGAGAAAAUGCAUUUUGUAUUUGCUCCUGAAGGCAAUAGGUAGCUACUGCAGUUUGAUUAGGCUCAAACUUGUACUUUGAGAAAAUCACUUUACUGGCUAGAUGAUUGUAGUAGGGAGAAACAUGAGGUAAGCAGACCCACUAGCAGAUUAUUACAAUAACCUAAGGUGAUGAGGGCCUGUAAUAGAAUAUGGACAGUACCAGAGGAGAAAAGGGGAUGUAGAGAUGUUGCAAAGGUGAAAUCAAAAACCUUGGCCUAAUGGAUUAGAUAUGUGAGGUAAGAGAUAGUGAGGAAUUCAGGAUGGCUCCUAGAUUGCAACCUUGAGGGAUUGGGAUAAUGGUGUUAGCCUCUAUAGUAGGGAAGGUGAGUGGGAAGUUUAAGGGGAAGAUAAUGUAUUUAAUCUACUGGACGUUCUAGUCCAAGAUGUCAAACCCCUAGGGUUUGGGGUAGGAAAGGUAGAUUUGCAAAUCAUCAGCAAAAAGAUAGUUAAGAAAUCACUGUAACUUGUUAAGUGAAAAGAGAAGAGGGCUCCAAAGGAAGAAAGUAGCUAGGAGUAAGUAGUGAGAGAAAGAAAGAGAAACAAAGACAGAGAAAAGAUUAUCCCAUUUUAUUGCCUGAAUUAACUCUUCACACUGUUGUAUCAGUGGUAAGUAGCUACCUGAAGGGACCCAAACUGGUUCAUGCCAACUUAGAGGAAACGGUACAAUCCAUCAAGGGAGGUCCAACUGCCAUAGACCCAUGGGGGUCUCUCUAAAUAUGUGGGACUGAAAAUGACUUUUGCACAGAUAUAUACUCAAUGAAGUUGCUGGCCAGAGGUUUUUUGUCUAUCAUUCAUGUGGUAAGCUCUAUGAACUCCCAAAUGGAAUAUCCCUCUAUCCUAAUAAUUCAUUUAUACUUUUUCUAAAGUAUUCAGACAAGCCCCUUGUGUUGUCUUGCUUGGGCUCUGUUGAAAACCUACUGCUUAUUUCUUUAUUAUAUGGACCUGUUAUUUUCCUCUUUUACAUGAUAGACUUAUUUGCUUUUUCCUAUUGAGUAUUUUGAUACCUAUAAAACCAGACUCUUCCUUAGCUCAUUGUCAGGUGGUAUUUCCUAUUAGACUCCGAACAACUUCAGAGAACAUAUCUUCAUUUUCAAAAGAACAAAACAGAAUGCCAGUACUCACUCCUGAAAACAGAUAUUUAACUUCUAGAGUCACCAAAAGUUCACUUGAUGGCUGUUUUCUUUUUGAAAAAAGCUGGAAAAAAGCUGCUCUUGAAACACAAAAGAUGAAAAAAGAAUAUUCUUCCAUAUUUGGCCUGAAAGAUUUCAAGGAAGUGGAUACAAUUCCAUCUCUACCAGAAGUCCAAACAUACAGAACAAAUACAGAGACUCCUUUAGAUGUACUUAAAAGACAUCCAUGUGCUGCUUUGAAGACAUCUAAAAUCAGAUUGCCAACAGAGAAGAACUCCAGGAAUGAAAUUUCAAGGUUGGAACUCUGGGAGAGGAGGGUGAGAGAAGAAGAAUCAAGUUUGAAUGAAGAUAUGCCCACUUGCCUACCAUCAUUUUCUUUACCUCAGAAACCUCGUCAACAGUCUGUAAAAGAAGAGAAUUUAAAAAACAGGUCAAUGAAGAGUUAUCAGACAAGCAGCCUUUUAUCACUUCAGGAGAAAACAAAAGCCAUGUCAGCUUGCAUUUCUUACCCUCUGAGUGAUUUUAGAGAGAUGCUCGUGAUUGGAGUGACAGAUGGACAACCUGAACUGAAGGGAGAGCUGCCUACCAUUCCAGAGGGAUUUCUGGCAUCCCAGAUGGCUAGCUACUGUGAGGAUGUCCAGGAACUGAAGUGGCCUAUUGUGAAACCACCUGGGAACUGGCUGGAAGGAAACAGGACAAGCCACAAGACAGCAUCCUCUCCAGGUCACAGAGCCGGACAAUGCUGUCUGGGGUCUGUGAUAGUUGCUGCCACUUUCAUCCACUAGAUGGCACAGUGAUACAAAUCACUAUCUUUGAAGAUUAUUGUCUAUAUUUUGUUUUUGUUUUGUUUUGUUUUCUCCUAUAUUCAAUGGCAUUGUCUCCCCAAACAGAAAUGUAAGUGUUAGCUAAGGCAAAAAAGUGGAGAAAAAGAGUACUUCUCUGUGUCUCAAUGUAUCUGUCUUUAAAAUGGGAAUGAUAAUAUCCAGCGAUGAAAAAUAUGUAAAAUCUGCAAAAAUUUAGCAGUGCUUGAUGCUAUCAAAAUGCAGAAUCCAUCACUUGUUAGUUGAAGAAAGAUACCGUUUGACAUUGCUUUAAUUUGUCCUAUUGUUCAGAAAGCACAAUGUAACUUUUGGAAGGGGCCUAGAAAAUGAAAGUUUCCAUUCUGCUUUAUGAAUGCUUAAUAGAUUUUGGUUUUCUCUCCAAAAGCAAGCCCUUGACCUAUGUGCCUUUGCUACAGAUUUGACCUUUCAUAGUGUUGUGUUUCCAUUGCUUUUAUGGGCAAGAGAAAUAUUCCAUUGAUGAAAUGCUUAUAUGUUUUGAAAUCUGUCAAAAUGAUUUUGAAUAUAUAAUACUGUCCCUAUACUGAUUAAUAAUUGGGAAUUAAUUUUUCAAAGAUGUUCUAUGCAGCAGAGUACCA